UACAAAUCAACUCGGCUUGUUGGAUACAGCCGAGCGGCGUGGUGAGAGCAAGCAGCAGCCCGGCGGCUCUCAUUCACACCGACAGCAACAAAACACCGGAGAAGAAUUCAAAGCCGACAGACUGUCCGCCAUCAUGCCGUGUCGGAAGGAGAACUACAUCUUUCUGGAGCAGUCCGUCACCGUCGACUCGAAGGAGGUGGACGCGCUGGUGACGAAAAUCGGCGAAGCGCUGCAGCUCCACAACAACAGCGGCAGCCACCAGAAGACCGUGUCCGUGUCCAUGUCGUGUCUGCACGGCAGCACCGGGGUCAAACCGGCGGCCAUCACGGCGGGAGCUCCGGUGCAGAAGCGGAGCGGCUGCUGCAUGCGGCUGAGGAGCGGCAGGGGACACCGGGGCAGCAGCAGGGCCAGCCCGUACAACGUCCCCGGAUCUAACGGCGAGCAGGACUGGGACCAAAUCACGUGGAACAGGAAGCGGAUCACCGUGGAGGAGGACGACGACCCGCACCGGCUCCUGCAGGAGCUGAUUCUAUCCGGGAACCUGAUCAAAGAGGCCGUGAGGAGGCUGCAGUUCUCCGACGCGGACUGUGGAGGUUUCCCCAAAGCGACCGGGGACAGCAACGUGCCGAGCUGAUAACGUAACGGCCGAGCCCGGGGGGAGGGGGGGCAACAAGGACCGGGUCUCCGCCGUGUGUCUGACCCUCUUGGACCGGACACGGAACAUGGGACUCUGCAACAUGACUCUCUAGAUUUACAAAAUGUCACAGGACUGGUAGCUAUGUUUUCUAAUUUUCAUCGAUCAGUCGGUAACGUUUGUUACGCGACGUGUCGGCCAAUGAGACGUGUUGUUUAUGUUUGAAUGUCUGACGUGGAGGUCUGAGCCGAGCUUUGUUUCUUCAAAAAGGGAAGAAGAAGAAGAAGAAGAAAAACAUCCUUCGGUGUAAAAAAUGUGAAUACAAACCCCACAUGGAUACUUCUUAUUUUAUUUCUGGGUUGUGAUUCAGUGAGUCCUGAACAAUGGGGGGGGGGUCUUUUCUUUUCUAAUGCAGUCACAGUGAACAGGAAGUGUCGGCUUAUUCAUUUCUUAUUUACCACUGCAUCCUGGGAUUUGUUUGUGUCCUGGGGGGGGGGGGGAGGUUUGCUCAUUGCUAACCAUUCCCUGCUUUUGCAGACCAUUAAGAUGGGGGGGGAGGUAGUAGCUCCAUUUUGUUUACAAUCUAAUGCUGUAUGGGGGGAGAAGGGGACGUCCCCCCCCCCUCAUUUCAAAGAGGGUUGUCCUCCUCACAGAGCAGACACAUGAGAGUCAGUCACGCAGGUUUAUUUGAUGUUUCGGUCUGAGUCGACUUCCUGGCAGCUCCACGUCUCGUGAAGGUUUCUGUUUGAAAAGGGAAACAUGGAUUCUCAAACAUGUGAAGGAGGAGAAGCAGAGACAGCAGCACGCCCUUUUUCCCACAGGGCUUCUGGGUGAUGUGUAACACUUUGUUUGUACUGCUUAAAGAGGGAGGGGGGGGGCGGGGGGUUAAAGGUCGGGCUCUCACAUGACAACACUUGUGGUGCUUUCACCUUUUUGGAAUUCCUGUUGAGGAGUUCAGUCUGUGUUUGUUUUUCUAUUUGUUUUCUUCUGGUGUAAAAGAAAAAAACCACCAUGACUUGCUUCGUACCGAAGUCUCUUGAUAAUGUUCCUGAGUUUUUCAGGCUCUUUUUUUUUUUUUGUUGUUGUCUUAAUAAACUUUUGUUUUUCCAGAA